AUGGUGGCUCAAACUUGCAAGGAGCUCCAAGAAACGAACAACAGACAACAACAUGAGAUCGAUACCUUACAUUCUAAGAACGAUGCUUCAGGUUCAAAUACUGGUGGAUUUCACACUGGGGGUCGAGAUUCUAAUCAAUUUCAUCGAAUGCCUAAGCUCGAUUUUCCUAGAUUUGAUGGUGAUAAUCCAAAGAGCUGGAUCCGAAAAUGUGAGUAUUACUUCCAGAUGCACAACACCCAUGAGCUACACAAAACCAGGAUGGCAGCUAUACAUCUAGACGGAAAGUCAACUAAAUGGUAUGAUAACUUUUGUCUUAACAAAGCUGAUAUUCCUUGGAAAUAUUUCUGUGAUAAUGUUUGUGCCAGAUUUGAGAAUCCUGCGCAGGAUAAUGGAUUAUCCAAUAAAUUAUCACAACUUACUAUUGUUGAUGCUUAUUUUGAAGAAUUUGAAUAUAACAAGGCCUUAUUACUGGGUGUUCACCAUGACUUUCCCGAGUCUUAUUUCAUUGUUAGCUUUAUUGGAGGUUUAAAGGAGGAGCUCAGAAACUCAGUUCUUAUGUUUGAUCCAAAAACCCAACUACAUGCCUUUUCACUUACAAGAAUGCAAGAAAGAACCAUUAUCAUGCAACAUAAAUCCAGCAAACCUACACCCAAAUUUUUCUCCCCUUCCAAUUCUUCCACCAAAUCAUAUUCUCCUGCCACUACUUCACAGAAAUCUCCUUUUAUUCCACCCACUGGUACCACUUCCAACCCUCCAACUAAACCCAUCCAAAAUUUACCUUUCAAGAGACUUACUCCAGAACAGGUACAAGCUAGGAAAGCUCAAGGGUUAUGCUUCAACUGUGAUGAAGCUCAUAAGAGAGGCCAUGUUUGUAAACAACAGUAUUUUUGUGUCCUUAUAGGGGAGGAAGAUGAAGAAAUGUAUGACACUGGAGGAGAAACUACACAUGAAACUGAUGAGGACCCUCCACUUGAGAGUGAUAUGGAAAUCCCCUUACAUGCCUUGACUGGUAAUCUCUCAGGGGACACCAUCAGAAUUCCUGGUUUUAUUAAGAAGAAAGCCAUCUCCAUAUUAAUUGAUACUGGUAACACAGACAGUUUUAUAGAUUCUUCUUUAGCUGCAAGCUUACAGUGUUCUAUUACUCAAACUGGUAAUUUAUUAGUUAGAGUAUCAAAUUGUGAUAAAACUGUGAGUUCUGGUGUUUGCUCUCAGUUGGAUUGGAUUAUGCAGGGCCACAAGUUUUGUGGUGAUUUGAGACUCCUUCCUCUAGGUGGGUGUGACAUUGUUUUGGGUGCAGAUUGGUUGAGGAAUUUGGGAGAUGUUCUAUUCAACUUAUCAAAACUCUGCAUUUCUUUCAAACACAAAGGUAAUAAAAUCACCUUAACUGGUAUUCAGCAUAAGACUUCACUAAGUAUGAUGAGUGGUUCUGCACUCAAGAAAUUUUUCAGAAACAUAGUCAUGGAAUUCACCCCACCACCAAUUGCCAACUUACUCACUGAGUUCUCUGAUGUUUUCACUGACAAAACAACCCUUCCACCUCAGAGGAAUUUGGAUCACCAAAUACCCCUCAAGCCUAAUUCUGAACCAGUGAAUCUCAGACCUUAUAGAUGCCCUUAUAUCCAAAAGUCCAUUGUUGAGAAUUUAGUAACUGAAAUGCUCCAUUCUGGCAUCAUACAACCAAGUCACAGUUCAUUUGCUUCUCCCAUUUUACUUGUCAAGAAAAAGGACAACACUUGGAUAUUUUGUGUUGAUUACAAGAAGUUGAAUAACAUCACUAUUAAGGACAAAUUUCCAAUACCAAUUAUUGAUGAGAUGUUGGAUGAAUUGCAUGGCUCUAAGUUCUUUACUAAGAUUGAAUUAUAG